AGCUGAGUCUCAGGAGCCAUGGCCAUCGCCCACCUGGCUACGGAGUACGUGUUCUCGGACUUCUUGCUUAAGGAGCCCACCGAGCCCAAGUUCAAGGGGCUACGGCUGGAGCUGGCGGUGGACAAGAUGGUCACAUGCAUCGCGGUGGGGCUGCCUCUGCUGCUCAUCUCGCUGGCCUUCGCGCAGGAGAUCUCCAUUGGUACCCAAAUAAGCUGUUUCUCCCCAAGUUCUUUCUCCUGGCGUCAAGCUGCCUUCGUGGAUUCUUACUGCUGGGCUGCUGUGCAGCAGAAGGCUUCCUUGCAGAGCGAGUCUGGAAACCUGCCACUGUGGCUGCACAAGGUAAUGGUAGAUACUUUCAAAUCCAUCCUGUUUGCUUUAUAGACAUGGAAGAGGAAGCCUGGAGAGGCUGUGCCCAUCCACAGCCAUACAGAGGUGUGUGGCCAACCAGGGCUCUUUCUUUGAUCACAAAACCUCAAAAGGAACCUCAGAG